AUGAUACCCAUUUCACCCAAACCGACCAUCCUUCUUAUAGCCGGAGGUUGGAGCAGAGCCCGAACCUAUGAGCCUGUGGCGGCUAUUCUACGAAAUCAAGGUUAUGACGCCAGAACUAUAACAUUGCCGUCUGCUGGGGGACCUCCAUCCAGCACUGCAAUUGACGACGUGAAUUACAUCCAACAAAACUAUCUGAAUGACCUUAUCGACGAGGGCAAGGAGGUUGUUAUAGCCAUGCACUCGUAUAGUGGACUCCCUGGUACACAGUGUGUCCAGGGCUUCUCACGUAAAGAGCUCGCAUCUGAGGACAAGAAGGGUGGUGUUGUGGGUCUAGUGUAUAUCACGGCCUACCUUCUUGCAGCGGGUGAAACCGUUGAAUCAAGUUUGCCGGGUGGAUUGGAGUCCCACAUGAGGAUAGAUGGCGAUGUGGUGCACCUGAAGGAUGAGCAGAAAGCAAAGUUCUUCAAUAGCAUCAGCGAGGAAUAUUCCCGGAGGUAUGCUGACGCUCUGACUUAUCAUACCAUUGCUAGCCUCAAGACGCCCCUCACCUACGAGGCCUAUCGUGAUGUGCCGUCCACAUACUUGUUUUGCGAUAAUGACGAGUGUCUUCCUGUUGACACGCAACGCGCUAUGGCUGCUCUGCCUGGGAGAGGCUUUACCCGGAUGUAUAGAUGUUCGGCUGGGCAUUUCCCUAUGCUAAGUAUGCCGGAAGGAGUGGCAUUUGUGAUCCAUGACAGCAUCAUGAAGAACAUUAUGGAGUUCUCGAAUGCUACCUCUUCGUAUCCCUUUCUCGGAAACCUUGAGUUGGAGGAUGGUGUACAGGGUACGACUAUUCCACAGCCGCUCGACAUUGAACAUGCUAGAUGUCGAGCUGGGCAUAUCGAUCCGGGAUUGCGCUGGCUGCUUUACUAG